AUGUUCAACAAUGAAGCAGUACAAGAAUUGUUACAAAAGGUCAACAAGUUGGAAAAAGAAAAAGCCAAAACAGAAUUAGAACGUGAUAUUCUAAAGAAACAGGUUGAUAAUUUGAUGAAAGCUUCUGAUCAAGUCAAAGCAGUGUUGAUAGACCAAGAGGAAACAAUGAACAGAAUGAAGAAUGAAGCUCAUGAUAAUUCAAAGGUGUUUGAACUGUUGACGGCAGAGAUUGCUUCAUUGAAUGUGAAGAUAAAAAACUUGGAAGAUGUGAAUCAGACUCUUAAUCAGCUUCUCAGUGAGAUGAGUGAAGCUUCAUCAAACGAAAUGAAGGCAAUGGAGUUGGAGAUGGAAGCCAUGAAGGCAGACAAGGUGGUGAAAGAUGAACAACUUCAUAUGCUAUACUCUGUCAUGGAGAGUCAUUUCAAGAUGGAUGUUCAUGCCGCAUUCAAUGAAAUAGAAGUGAAAAGAGCUGAAGAAAGAAGAACGGAACGUGAAAGACAUCUAGCUGAAGAAGCCACCCAAAAGAACAAAGGUGUGAUUGAUGAUACUCAAGAAGCUGGUGGAUCGUCAAGUCAACCUGAAAUUGGUGGUUCAUCAAACCAAGAAGAUAUAGAAAUGGUUGAAGCUGAAGAUGUUCAGGAACAAGUUGAUCAAGACUUCAUGAUGGUUGGUGAGUCUUCUGAACCUUUGGAUGCUGAAAAUGUUCUUAGAAAAGUGGCUGUUAUUCAAAGAAAGAAAAAGGCUAGAGAAGUGCUGUGA